AUGACGCUGAACUUUUGCUUCAUGACGGUUCAGGCAUUCUACGGCUACGUGACGGACUCUCUAGGCCUCCUCAGCGACAGUAUACACAUGUUUUUUGACUGCGUGGCCCUCCUCGUUGGCUUGCUGGCCGCCGUCAUGAGCAAAUGGCCGCCGAGCCAAAGAUUUCCCUACGGGUUUGGGAAGAUUGAAACGCUGUCUGGCUUUGCCAACGGCAUACUAUUGAUGCUGUUGAGCGUGGAGAUUGCCUUUGAAGCCUUCGAGCGGCUCUGGGAUGGAACCAAGACCAAGAGACUGGGAGAGUUGUUUGUCGUGAGCAGCCUAGGGCUCGCAGUGAACCUGGUUGGCAUGAUGGCCUUUGGCCAUCAUCACCACCAUGGGCACGGCCAUUCGCAUGAUGCUCACCAUGGCCACAACCACGACGACCAUGGACACAAACACCAACACGAUGGCCAAGGCAGCCAUUCACACCACGGUUGCCACGGGCAUGGUCACUCGCACGACAAUGAAAACAUGCAGGGAAUAUACUUGCACAUAUUGGCCGACACGUUGGGAAGCGUUUCGGUCAUUGCAUCCACUGCGCUAACCAGUCUCUGGGGGUGGGCUGGAUGGGAUCCUCUGGCAUCGUGCUUCAUCGCAGUCCUCAUCUUUCUUUCCUCGAAGCCGCUCGUCAUCUCGUCAGCAAAGCGGCUCCUUCUCAGCGUCCCGGAGGCGACCGAAUAUGGGCUGAGAAACACUCUGGGGGGUAUUCUGCAGCAGCGAGGGGUGGUGAGCUACUGGGUGCCGAAAUUCUGGCUGGAUGACCGGACGGGCAGCGAGGGUGAAGAAAGGCUUGUGGGAGUGGUGCACAUUGUGGUGGCUCGGGGAGUCGCCAUGGACGAGGCUCGCGAUAAAGUUGGGCAGUACCUGCUGAGCCAGGGCGUGGAUGCCGUGGUGCAGGCAGAAAGAGAAGGAGACAAUUCAUGCUGGUGCACGAGAGCGCGAGGCUCGGUCAUGGCGCCAAGCACUCCGAAGCUGCUUUAG